GUUCUGACUACGGCGGCUUCCACUGGGUGCCAGGGAGCGCGCGCGCCCUGACCUCGCGCCGGCAUUGGUUACUUGUUUUCCGGUCUUGGCCGGUGAUUGGUUGCCUGAGCUCGCCGGGCGAUUGGGUGUUGGGAGUCGAGGGGUGGGAGGCGGGAAUUCGUCCGCGGGAAGCAGAUAAGAGCAGAACGGCAGAAGAGUUAGGAAUCUGAAAUAAAAAAGAAAGCAUGAUGUCUUCAGUGUCGUCUGAAUAUACAAUUGGUGGGGUGAGGAUUAACUUUCCUUGUAAAGCUUAUCCGUCACAGCUUGCUAUGAUGAAUUCUAUCGUCAGAGGACUAAAUAGUAAGCAACACUGUUUGUUGGAGAGCCCCACAGGAAGUGGGAAAAGCUUAGCCUUGCUUUGUUCUGCUUUAGCGUGGCAACGAUCUCUUAGUGGGAAGCCAGUGGAUGAAAGCUUGAGUGAAAAAACUGAAGUACCAUUAUCUUGUUGCUGCACUUGCCAUUCAAAGAAUUUUACAAACAAUGACAUGAACCAAGGAGCUUCAUAUCAUUUCAGCAGUCCAAGUACACCACCUUCUGAAAGAAGUGGCACUUCGUCAGUGUGUCAAGACUCUCCUGAAAAAACUACACUGGCUGCGAAACUAUCUGCUAAGAAACAGGCAUCCAUGAACAGAGAUGAAAAUGAUGAUUUUCAAGUAGAGAAGAAAAGAAUCCGACCCUUAGAAACUACACAGCAGAUUAGAAAACGUCAUUGUUUUGAAAAGGAGGUACCCCAUUCGGAUGCAAAAGUUGCUUCAGGAAAGACGGCAAAACUCAACUCUCCGUUAGGAGAGAGAAACUCCUUUUCGCCACAAAAUCCCCCUGGUCAGUGUUCUAGGUGCUGUUGUUCUACUAAACAAGGAAACAGUCAAGAUUCUUCAAAUACCACUAAGAAGGAUCAUGGGGGGAAAUUCAAGAUACCCAAAAUAUAUUUUGGGACACGCACACACAAGCAGAUUGCUCAGAUUACUAGAGAGCUCCGGAGGACCGCAUACUCAGGGGUCCCAAUGACUAUUCUUUCCAGCAGAGAUCAUACUUGUGUCCAUCCUGAAGUAGUAGGUAACUUCAACAGAAAUGAAAAGUGCAUGGAAUUCCUGGAUGGAAAAAAUGGGAAAUCCUGCUAUUUUUAUCACGGUGUUCAUAAAAUUAGUGAUCAACACACAUUACAGACUCUCCAAGGGAUGUGCAAGGCCUGGGAUAUAGAAGAACUCAUCAGCUUGGGGAAAAAACUAAAGGCAUGUCCAUAUUACACAGCACGAGAACUAAUGCAAGAUGCUGACAUAAUAUUUUGUCCUUACAACUAUCUUCUAGAUGCACAAAUAAGGGAAAGUAUGGAUAUCAAUCUGAAAGAACAGGUUGUCAUUUUAGAUGAAGCUCAUAACAUUGAGGACUGUGCUCGGGAAUCAGCAAGUUACAGUAUAACAGAAGUCCAGCUUCGGUUUGCUCGGGAUGAGCUCGAUAGUAUGGUCAACAACAAUAUAAGGAAGAAAGACCAUGAACCCCUGCGAGCUGUGUGCUAUAGCCUCAUUAAUUGGUUAGAAGCAAACUCUGAACAUCUCGUGGAAAGGGAUUAUGAAUCAGCUUGUAAAAUAUGGAGUGGAAGUGAAAUGCUCUUAAAUUUAUACAAAAUGGGCAUCACCACUGCUACUUUUCCCAUUUUGCAGGGACAUUUUUCUGCUAUCCUUCAGAGAGAAGAAAAAGUGUCAUCAAUUCAUGGUAAAGAGGAGGCAAGAGAAGUACCUAUUAUUAGUGCUUCAACUCAAAUAAUGCUCAAAGGACUUUUUAUGGUACUUGACUAUCUUUUUAGGCAAAAUAGCAGAUUUGCAGAUGAUUAUAAAGUCGCUAUUCAACAGACUUACUCUUGGAUAAAUCAGACUGAUACUUCAGAUAAAAAUGGGUUCCUUGUUCUACCAAAAAAUAAGAAACGUUUACGACAGAAAAUAGCAGUUCAUGUGCUAAAUUUUUGGUGCUUAAAUCCAGCUGUGGCCUUUUCAGAUAUUAAUGGCAAGGUUUGGACGAUUGUUUUGACAUCAGGGACAUUAUCACCAAUGAAAUCUUUUUCAUCGGAACUUGGCGUUACAUUUACUAUCCAACUGGAGGCUAAUCAUGUCAUUAAUAACUCACAGGUUUGGGUUGGCACUAUUGGGUCAGGCCCCAAGGGUCGCAAUCUCUGUGCUACCUUCCAGCACACGGAAACAUUUGAGUUUCAGGAUGAAGUGGGAGCACUUUUGUUAUCUGUGUGCCAGACUGUGAGCCAAGGAAUUUUGUGUUUCUUGCCAUCUUACAAGGUAAGGGGCUAUUUGUUGUUUCUUUUGCCUUUAAAAAACCAUGUGGGAUUACCAUAUGGAGCCCUCCUGGUAGCAGUUUGUCGUGGUAAAGUGAGUGAGGGUCUGGAUUUCUCAGAUGAUAAUGCCCGUGCUGUCAUAACAGUAGGAAUUCCUUUCCCAAAUGUGAAAGAUCUACAGGUUGAACUAAAGCGACAGUAUAAUGACCAGCAUUCAAAAUUAAGAGGUCUUUUACCAGGUCGUCAAUGGUAUGAAAUUCAAGCAUAUAGGGCCUUAAACCAGGCCCUAGGUAGGUGUAUUAGACACAAAAAUGACUGGGGGGCUCUUAUUCUAGUGGAUGAUCGCUUCAGGAGUAACCCAAGUCGAUAUAUAUCUGGACUUUCUAAGUGGGUACGGCAACAGAUUCAGCACCAUUCAACCUUUGAGAGUGCACUGGAGUCCUUGGCUGAAUUUUCCAAGAAGCACCAAAAGGUCACUGAUGUGUCCAGAGAAGACAGAAAGUCUACAAAGGACCAUGAGUCUGCAGUUCCAGUGGCUUGCUUGAAGGACAGUACCUCAACCUAUUUUUUAGAAGCAGCAAGCCAUCUCUCACCAGAAUAUCCUAGGGAAGAUGAUCCAGUAUUAUUGGAAGAAUCUGCCCAGGCAACGAGAGCCGAAAAAAUUGUGAUUUCAAGAUCCACAAGCCCAACCUUCAACAAACAAACAAACAGAGUUAGCUGGUCUGGCUUUAAUUCUUUGAAACAACAUCUUACUGGUAAAAUUCUGACUGAAGCACCUAAGUUCAGGUCAUCAGAGGAUUGUGUCUCUAGUACUUCCACUUUCAAAAGAGAAAAGGGAUGUAAAGCUGUUUUGCCACUCACUGAUAAAUGUGAAUCCUCACCUCUGACAGUAAACACAUCAUUUGCACCAUGCCCUCAGUCAGAAAGCAUUGCUCCAUCAAUAAAGAUUGAUGCUUCUCUUAAAAAUCAUUCCAAACAGCUGCUUUGCUAUGAAGAAGCCCUGGAUCGGGACAUUCAGUUGUCUCUAGUAAGUGAAGAAGCUGAACGUUCCACUUCAAAUACAGCUGUUGAAACAGAAGCAGAGGAUGAAUCUAUCUAUUUUACACCUGAACUUUAUGAUCCUGUAGAUACAAGUGAAGAAAAAAGUGAACUGGUUGGAACUGAUAGAGACGAUAGAUUGGCUAAUAAUUCAAAUUGCAUUUUAGCUGAAGAUCUUUUUGAAACUAGAACUAUAAAAGGAGUGGAUUCAGUCAGAGAAACGAGAGCUGAGGAUUACAAAAAGUUGAAUAGACUCAUGCAGAUUAAAGAAAGUAAAGUUGAUGACAUUGGUAGUAAUGUAAAAUCAACUCAUGUAAAUGAACUGAAACUGGGAAAAAGCUCUGAAACCAAUAUAAAGAACUUUAAACAGUCUCCCUCCAAAAAUAAAGGUGUGUUCCGUGGUAUUAGGUAAUAAUACUUAACUGUCAAGCUAUAAAAAUAUGUUGUCAUGUUUAUAUUACACUGUUGUAAAUGAUAAUUUAUACAUUGGAUAAGUGGUAUUUUUUUUAAUUUGAGAUAUACUUUUCACUUUAAUCCAUUGUCAUUAGAAUUUUUAAAGGUCUAUUUUAUGUUCAGAAAUGUAGGCUUUACUAUUCUCAAAUUUCGAUAAAGUGAAUCAUAAAAAUUAUUUCCCUCCAGCAUGUGUUCCUUAGCUAAAUGCACUAUUAAAUUAAUCAAUCCAAAAGAUAUGUAGUUUCCUAAAGCACUUUAAAUUUCACAUAAACAUUUGUAUUUUGUAAUACUCUUCAUCUAUUUGUUUUCAUAUUGAUGCAUAAAAAUUAAUAACAGUCUAAUCCAGUCACAUCUCAAUCAUGUUUCACUGUAGAUUUCACCUCAGAUUGGUCUGAGAUUUUUUUUCAGAAAUCACAGUUUUCUUGAAAAGUUUACUCCUGUAUUAAACUUCCUACUUAGAAAUAAUUAAGAAUUAAGGAAGAAAAUUACAUACAUUUUUAAUUGAAAUGGUUUUACAUUUUUGUUCAUUAAGACAAAAUCAGACGUGUUUUAAACAAAUUUAUAUAAAGUUAUAAAAUGCCAAAUGAAGGACUCCAAGUUUUCAAUUCUAAUUAUUUAGCUUUGUCAUCAUCGUGGAAAACAGUGACUUGUUCUCUCAUAAAGGUUUUAAUUAUGCAACUAACAGAAAACUUAUAAUUUACAUUUAAUAAGUAAACGCAAGCAUAUAACUGUAGCUGAAAAAUGUUCCAUUACAGCUUAGUAAGCCUUUCUGUAAAACUUGACUCUGUGUUUUUGUGAAUGAAACUAUAUUUCUGAUCAAAAAUGAUUAUAAAAGAAGCUCUUCUCUGAAAUCAUUCCAAAAAUAUGUUCACUGAUCUUUUCCAAGAAACAUCUGUUAUUCAAUGGACAUUUAGGCUUCUUGUGAGUAAAUUGAAUUGAAAUUUUAUGAGCUGUUCAAGUUGUAGAUUUGGUUUAUCUUUUUCAAGCCAAAAUUCCCACAAUCAGAUUUUUUUUAUAUUCAUUUGGAACAAUGAAUUAUUAUAAAUGCAUAUGUUUACUUUCAUUUUGUUGGUGUUUAGGUUGAAUACAGCUUAAUUGUUUCUAUAGCAUUGGAUAUUACAACUCUAAGCAUAGUUCAAAUAAAUUUAAAUUUUUACCAGUUAAAGUGUUUAUAGAUUGGGAUAUAUUUGAUCCCACCUUGUAUGAUAUGUUUUUCUUAGGUAAUCAGUAAAAAAGUUACAAACAAUGGAUUAGAAGGUACUUUUUAGAUUGUUUUGAAUGGGUGAAACCAUUUCUUCUCUUUGGUAUAGUUCUUAAUCCACAAAUAAAGGAUAGUGCAGUAGUAAAAAGAAUAUUAGGUAGAAGACAAGAGACUGGGAUCUAUUCUUGGCUCUGCCACUAAUUUGCUAAGUCAUGUUGGCAAUCACCAUUCCUUUUGGGGAAUUAGUUUCAUCUGUUAAAUGUGGAACUUAGGGCUAUAAAAUCAUGCAAAUCCCUUUCAGCUUUAAAAAUCCAUAAUAUAAAGAAAUAUAUGUUGAUAUAUUAUUCUGAAACAAUUUUCAUUUGCUUUUGUUGCAGAAUGCUUAAGACAAAGCAAACCAUUUAUAGAAAAGAUAAAAUUAAUAAUUGCAUGAAUAUGUGCAUAAUAACUUGGGAAGCAAGAUACUUAUUUUAACAGUGCUGCAAUUAAAAUAUUUUUGAAUCCUUAAAAUUGCCUUUAGAAGAAUCGGUAAACUACAUGAAAAAAAUCAACCACAUUAGUUUUUAGUCAUAUCUUAGUGUUAUUAUCCAAUUUAAUCCCAAAUGCCAUCCCUUUUCCCUAGAUAUACUUUAUUCUUUCCAAAAUCUAAUUCUCUCCGAGGCUAAAAAUUUCCAUUACUGGUAAUAUACAUAGAGAUGUGCCACAAGCUUUUAGUAAGUCCAAGAGGUGUUUCAAAAAUUUUGUACAAUGGUAUCACUGUUGAAACAGGUAUAUAGUCUCCUCAGAUCACAGUUUUGACCAGGAUGGCAUUGCAAGAUGUAAAGUACUAGCCUUUAUAAAGAGUAUGAGGUAGAACAUUUUUAUUGGUGAUAACAUACUUUUUAGAAAGUAAGUUAAAAUGUGUAAAAGCAUUUAAAGGAGUAUUUGGUACAUGGCAAGCCCUCAAUUAUUGCUUGGUAAAUCAAUCAUAUAUCUGGAGUACACCCUUGCCUUAUAUGAAGCCUUCCCUAAUGAUGAUAGACAGACAGACAGAUAGAUAGAUAAACUGACAAUAAAGAAGCAUCGUAUAGUAGGAAGGAAAAGUUAUUUGGCUAGUUUACUUUUUAAGGCUUUUGAGAUAUAUAUGAUAGAAAUUGUUUAUCACGUAAUUUGCCUUACCCGUUUAAUGCAUAUGAAAUAAUUAUCUAAUAGUGAAUUUAUUUAAGGGCUGAAAAUACAUAGAGCAUACAGGCCACGAACCCGGAAAACUACCAGUUGGAGAAAGGGCUUUAUUCAUGGAAGAAAGGUAAAAUAUAAGGAGUAGAUGUUUAAUGACUUGACUUAAAAUUCACAUGCAUCAUUUAAAACUUAUAAUAAUUGUGUUGGAAAUUAAUGACAACUCUUUAUGCUACCAUUAUGCAUUUGAUAAUUAUAUGGUUUUUAAUUUGGUAUUGUUUCUAAGAUAAGGCUUUGUUUUUAUUCUUGUAUUCUCUCCAUUUAAGACUUAAUUUUUUAAAAGCCUUUUCCCUAUUAUUUUUCUGCAAUAUGACUUUGUCAUGCUAUUUUUCUAUAGUAAAACACAUUCCAAAUAUUUAAUUGUUUGGAAUUGCUUAUAAAACUUCAUGAAAUCAAAAUGCCUGUUGUAAAAUCACUUGAAAGACUGAUUAUUGUAGUCAUUUAAUCUCUAAGUGAUGGCAUUUUAUUUGUAUUUGAUACCACACAAUUACUUUUGCUCAUGAUUGUGAUAAACCUCAGCUUUAUCAGUGAGCUACACAAGAUUUUACUUUAAACUUUAUGAAUACGUGGCAGUUUCCUGCCUAUUUCCAUAGACAAGUGCAGUCGAUCUUUUGUAAAUAGAAAGGCAGUAUUAAUACUGAAGUUUUUCCUUAAAAAAAAAUAAGUUUAAGGCUGAAUCAGACAAUGAAUGUCUAAGGAAGCUAAAACUAAAGAAAUAUCUGUGCAGGAGUUAAGCAUACUGUAAAGAACGUCACUUUAGGAGAUGGAAAUUUAGAGAGAUGACCUAGGCUUAUGAUUCUUCAGUCUUAAAUGAUUUUCAUGUCUACCAAAAAAAAAAAAAAAAGCAUUUUGUUUCUUAAGGUUUCAUUUGAUAGACCAUUAGCUGCCUGGCUUCCUGUACUCUACAAUAGGGCCUUGUUAUAAUAUCCAUGGGAUCUCAGCCAGUGGAUCACCUUAUUGGUGAAAAACCACCUUAUAAUGAAGUGCUUUCAGUGACUAAACUCUUGGACAAGAUCCAAAACAACCCAUCUUAUACCAGAUUCCACUCUGUAAUAAACAAGUUUCAAUGUAUUUAAAGGAAAACAAAAAUUGCAUGAAACUUAACUAUUCCCAGAAAUUAAUCUUUGAAAAUUUAAUGGUAAAUACUGAUUAAAAGAAAUAUUUGUUAACAGGGCACAGUGAGGUCGAUAUUUUUGUACUCUUUAUAAUUUGUAUUUUUUUAUUUUGGUCUUGCUUUUAAAAGUAGUUUAUAUAACUUUGAUUCUCUUGUGCUUUCCCCCCAAAUUUCAUCAUUUUUUGGUAUUAUUUUACAUCAGUAUUGACAAAACUAAAUAUUAAAAUGUUUCUUUUGUCUCCUUGCUAUUAUAAAGUACUAAAUUGUACAAGCGGCGUGUCAUUUAUGUAAACUAAGUUAGAUGCCAU